AGAAUUUCCUCUGGCGAUUCUGACCGAGGAGCGAUGGAGUUGUUCUUUUCUGGGCAUUUAAGCUUCUAAAGUUGUGUAAUUAGCUGCAUUUUAUUAGCUGCACAGACACAAACAGAUAUGUACCGCUGCAUGACAAGGAGUGUGUGUAGUGGAGGAAGAGUGUGUACUGCCCUGGUGCCUCCUUACACCCAGUCACCAUCUUGGAUAUUGAGAAACACAACAGAGGAGAGACAGCACAGGUUGGCUGAGCAGCGAUGGAAGUGUUCAGUCCGCUGUAUGAGCUCUGCAGCCAAGAAGAGGAGGUCUCUGCACAGUGCCUUCCCGGUGCUGGAGCAGCCUCUCCAGCCCAUCCACCAACAUGUAUAUGAAGCCAACCUCCGAAACAGCAGUGCCUGCCAUAAGAAGUUCAUAGAGUUGAGUGAGAAGGUGAGGAAAGGUGGAGGUGAGAGUGGCAUCGCCAGACACACAAAGAGGAACAGGAAGUUGCUGGUUAGGGACCGUCUGCGCCUCCUGCUGGAUGAUGAGGACUUUCUGGAGCUGUCGCCAUUCGCGGGUCUGGGUCUUCCCUAUGGGGACAUCCCUUCAGCUGGCUGCCUGACUGGUAUUGGCAGGAUCAGUGGUCUGUGGUGUGUGUUCAUUGCUAAUGAUGCUACAGUGAAAGGCGGCACAGCGUAUCCAAUCACAGUGAAGAAGCAACUAAGAGCGCAAGAAGUGGCGAUUCAGAACCGCCUGCCGUGUGUCUACCUGGUCGAUUCUGGAGGAGCUUUCCUACCACUGCAGUCAGAGAUCUUUCCGGAUAAGAACCAGGGAGGAAGGACGUUCUAUAAUGAAGCCAUCAUGUCUGCUAUGAAGAUCCCACAGGUGUCAGUGGUGUGUGGGUCAUGCACGGCGGGUGGAGCUUACAUCCCAACGAUGGCAGAAGAGGCAGUGAUGGUGCACCGGAUAGGGACGAUAUUCCUGGGGGGACCGCCACUUGUCAAGGCCGCCACAGGGGAGGAAGUGACACCAGAGGACCUGGGAGGAGCCAGGCUUCAUGCUGAGGUGAGUGGCUGUGUGGAUCAUUUUGCCUGGGAAGAAAAGGAGGCCUACGAUUACACUAGAAACAUCAUUUCAACCCUCAACUUUCAACUGCCAGAGGAGGAGGAGGAGGAUGAGGAGAAGAUGAGGAAAAGGAAAGGAGAGGAGGAUCCAUUGUAUAGUCCAGAGGAGCUCCUGGGUCUCGCUCCACAGAGUUAUAACUACAGUCUGGAUGUUAAGAUGGUCAUCAGUCGCCUGACAGACGGGAGCCGCUUCCAGGAGUUUAAAGCUCGUUAUGGAACCACACUGAUCACUGGUUUUGCAAAGAUACAUGGUCACCUAGUGGGAAUAGUAGCCAACAAUGGAGAGCUGUCAUACCAGGCCGCGCUGAAAGGAAGUCAUUUCAUCCAGUUAUGUGACCAGAGAGACGUCCCACUCCUCUUCCUCCAGAACACAGCACCCACAGCAGCACUAACACUCUCCAUAACUCAGGCAGAGAUGAACAGUAAUCGUCUGAAGGCUCAGGGUUCAAUGCUGUCAGCAGUGGCGUGCGCCUCAGUCCCCAAAAUCACGGUGGUGAUUGGUGGCUGCCAUGGUGCCGACAGCUACACCAUGUGUGGACGGGCGUUUGACCCUAACUUCCUGUUCCUGUGGCCCAACGCCAGAGUGUCGAUGACGGCUCCGGGUCACGCUGGCUCUCUGCUUCCUCCUGACAGUGAGCAGGAGGAAGAGCAGAAGAAGAAACAGGAGGACAACUUUAACAGGAGAUUAAAAGAAGAGAGCCCAGCUUUCUUCUCCUCUGGCAGGCUCUGGGACGAUGGAGUCAUUUUGCCCCAGGACACCAGGAGGGUUCUGAGAGACUGCCUGGACAUCAUCAAACAGCAGCAGUAUCAGCUUUCCACAGAAAAACUACGCUCAGCACUUCUUCGUAUGUAGAGGCAUCUGUCCUCGCUCCUCACUUUCUAUGGACACUACAAACAUCUGUCCAUCAAUUAGGUUUAACUGGUGUUUUUCAUUCUGUCUGGCUGCUGUUGCCCAUUGGUCUCCUUUCCCUGUGUGGGAAAGAGGUUUCACACUGAGCUCUGGCCUGUAUACAGUAUGACUGGGAAUUGUAGGCAAUGGUGGGAUUAUUAUUAUUUUAUUACUUUGAUUAUUACAAUCAAAGUGAAGAAAGAGGAAUUAUAGUUGUUCUUGAAGACAAUCUUCACACUUUAAGUAGCACAAAUUUAGUACAGUGGUUCGACGUGUUGAAUACUGAUGUGUACCAACAGCUGAUACAGAGAUGACCUCAUUACCAAUCCUCUAAUGUCAUAUUUGGGAAGGUGACUAAUGGAUCAAACAUCCUGGUUUUAGUUCUCAGAUAUUCAGUUUGAACCACAAUAAUAAUGAUCUAGUCUCUUGGACUGGGAAGAGUUUAUACAAGACAGUGAACAUAAUGAAUCUUUUAUCUGAUAAUUGAAUGUUUCUGUUCCUGUUAUCUCCAGAAACAAAUGCCUACCUCUGUGCACGCAGACGUGUUGUUUCCAUAAAAGGCAACACUCUUCUAGUUUUCAGGAACAUCAGGACAUUCACAGAUCAGUCAACACUGUUUGACUGAAAGAUGAAAGUCCACAGUUGUCAUCUGGGUUUUACUUUUAGGAGCCCACAGGUCCGUUUUUGCCUUAACUCAGUUCAGGAGAAAUUUUGUUUGAUAUACGUGUAUUUUUUUUAACAGAUUAUCAGGCGACAAAAAACUAAAAUCUGACGUCCAAAAGCACCUUACAGGAGCUUUAUGUACAGAUCAUACCUGUGGCAAUGUUUGUCAAAAAUACUACGUUGUAAGAAAUUGUGCUCUGUAAUUACAAAUGUAAAUUAAUCACUGUUGUGUAGUUUCUUUUUAAUUUGUAUUAAAGAAAAUUAAAAAAUGUAAAUACAUUUUUAAAUUGCAAAAAUAGCGUGUUUGUUUUAAUUCUAGCUCUUCUUUUAUAUUGAUGCUUUAGAA